CAAAGAGGAACCAGCGAACAGCAGCAGGUGCUCAACAUGGCUCAGGAGCUAAACAAUGAAGAAGGGUCCACAUUGAUUCCCCCACAAAAAGCUCCUGGAGAGCCAAGAAGUUCAAUGAUAUCGGCGUCUUUUAAUUUCAUAAAUUCCAUAAUAGGAUCUGGAAUAAUAGGUUUACCAUAUGCAUUGAACCAGGCUGGACUCCCCUUUGGCCUUCUGCUGUUGGUAGUUGUUGGGUUCAUCACAGACUACACAAUCAUCUUACUAAUUAAAGGAGGCAACCUGUCCGGGACAAACAGUUAUCAGUCACUGGUGCACAGCACAUUUGGUUUUCCUGGAUUUCUGAUUCUAUCUGGGCUGCAGUUCCUUUAUCCUUUCAUUGCUAUGAUUAGCUACAACAUCACAACUGGUGACACACUGACCAAAGUAUUUCAGAGAAUACCAGGAGUUGGUCCAGAUCACAUACUUGCAGAGCGUCACAUUGUGAUCUUGCUAUCAACCCUUGCAUUCACACUGCCUCUCUCGCUUUAUCGAAACAUAGAGAAACUUGGGAAGGUGUCCUUCUUGUCAAUGGUGCUGACAUUUACCAUCCUCAUCAUUGUAAUCAUCAGAGCAGCUACCUUUGGACCCCAAAUCCUUUGUAUGCCACCACAACAGCUUUCUCAUCUAUGGUUCUCUGGAGCAGCCCACGCUAGCUAACUGGUCUCUGGUCACCCACGUGUCUGUAGGCUCUGCGUUAAUAAUCAGCGCUGCGUUCGCCGUUGCUGGCUAUACCACCUUC